AUGGCCAUUGAAGUCGUCAAUCUCACAGAAGCAGAUAUUCCCGGUGCCAUCGAGGUUAUCCAGCAAGCUUUCGCCGACGAUCCGUACUUCAAGUGGGUCUUUGAUGAAGAUAAGUUCAACAAAGCAAGAAACAGCGAUUCCCUCGCAGCAAGAUGCCACUGGGGAAUAAAAAAUGCCAUCUUCCAAGUCGCCAAAGAAACAAAAACAUCCCUCACCAAUGACCUGGAUUCCAACUCCAAAAUCCUUGGCGUAUCCUGCUGGCUCCCCCCAAACCCACCCCAAACUCCAGAAACCUGGUCCAGCUACCUCUCGUCCUGGAAAUUGACCCUAACCCAAAUAACAAACAACAUCCGCUACCUCGGCCGCGGCGGACUCCGUACGAAUAGGUACUGGAUCUGGAAAGAACGCCAGGCAGAAGCGCAGCAGCAGCUCUGGACGGAUCUGCAGGGUUACUAUUUCUGUAAUAUUGUUGCUGUUUCUCCGUCUGCGCAAGGGAGGGGUGUUGGAAGAUUGCUUUUUGAGGCUGUUACGAAGCGCGCGGAUGAGGAGGGGAGGAGGUGUUAUCUAGAGAGUUCCAAGGAUGUGCCUAAUGUUGCUAUUUAUCGGAAAUUGGGAUUUGAGAUGGGUUUGACUAUGGAGUGUCGGGAUGGGGGGGAUGCUUGCAUGUUGUACUGCAUGGUUCGAGAUCCGAAAACUGGGUAA